AUGAUUGUUCAUUGCGAAAGUUGGCAGAAGAAUAUCGAGAGAAUUUACUCGCGAGAGCUGAAUGUGCCUGAGAACGAAGUGGACUAUUGGCAGCCCAUGCCCUGGGACCGUAAAGUGCCCAAGACGAAGCUCUGCGGACCGUGCUGUUGGACGAAAUUCCGUCGGCCUUUCGAGCCGUUCUACACGUGGUGGCGCCAUGAAAACUACUUCACGUGGAUCUUUUGCCCAUACCGCAACGAACGGCUUUCCCGCGGUGAACGGGCGUUAAUUGUGGUAUGUUCCCUCUACAUCACGUUCUACGUGCUGUUCAUCAUCGUCAUGCUGCGCGAUUCGUGGGGUGCGAACCUCACCAUCUUCACGUCCGUGGUGCUGUAUGCCAUCCUCAUCUCCAUCCUCCCGUCGGCUGGCAAGGCCAUCUUCAAGGAGCUCUUCAAGCUCAUUUUCCGCCAACGACGCAAAUAUUUCCGCGCCAAGGCCACAGGUGGCGGCGAUCUGAGCGGCUUUUCCUUCCGAUUGGCGUUUAUCUUGCAGGUGUUGGUCGUGGUCCUGCUGACGUUAGCUCAGGCGCCGAUCUUCUACAUUUGGGCCUAUCGCAGCUGCCUCUUCCUCAAGAAGUUCAUGUGGUUCGGCGUCUUGGCUGCGAUCAUGCGGAUGUCUCUGCUGGGCCUGGUGCUGGACUUUGCGUGGUAUCUGAUCAUCAAGACGUGGGGCUGGAAGGACCUGUGUCCGUAUUGCACCGAGCGGAUCAAACACUGCGACUGCUUUAACGAUGAGCUGCUGGUGCUUGCAGUGGAGCGUGUGGGGCCCAAAUGGGAACUGAUCCGAGUCUUGGAUGGCCUUAUAGCCAGGCAGCAUCACUAUGACCCCCAGUUUGAGCUCUAUACAGCCGAGCAACUACGUGAACGGUGGGAAGUGCUGGUGGAGCGAGCAGAGAAGCACAUGGACAAGAUGGAGAAGCUCUGUGCGUAUCAGGAGAAGAAGCGUCUCGAAGCGCUGCGUCACGACCGCGUACGUCGCAGUCUGACGAGCUUCUUGUCGUUCCAUGGCACGCAGUCGGAUCCGCCUGGAUCGGGCAAACAGUUGGGGGGCGAAGACGACACGACGCAGCGGAGAUCUUCGGACGUAGGCAGCACGAGUAGCAGCACUGAGGAGAACCGUGUUUGCGACUCGGUUGUGGAUAUCCACGUGUGUAGUCUGCGGGAGAAGAAGGUCUUGGAGCUCAACGACAAGAUCAAGCUGGACACGUUUGAGAAGCACUACGACUCGAACAUCUCGGAGGUUUUCCAUGCACUCACGCACUCUGUGCAGAAGCUGCGACGUCAUGGCAAGAGGAAGCGUCAGGCGAAGUCCAAGUCGACGAGUUCUGGUCUGGAACAGAUUCCGGAAGAGGAUCAGAGCGCGAAGGAGCAUGAAGACUCGAGAUCUCGCACGCAGAUUGAUAGCAGAAGCACCAAUGGCGAGACGAUGUGGGUGUUGGACACGCCGGCGCAGCGUCUCGAGCGACGGCAAGAAGAGAAAUUGCAGCGGAAACGAGCGUUCCGAGUGCUGAAUAAUUACAAGAUCGAGAGUGUGGAUCAUCUGGAUUCAGAGCCUGGAAGAGCUCCAGCUGCUUCGAUGUUGUCUCCAAUUCUGUCGCGUCAAGGCUCCAUGUCUGGUGCAGCGCCAUUGUCCACGAGUCGAGUCAGUCAAGACACGAAGAAGAGACCGUUGCUGUCGACUCGCCAUCGACCGAGCACACCUCGUAGUGAAGACCUGGUGGUUCUGGUGCCGGAUGGACAUCAAAGUAAGGAGAAGGACAAAGUGAACCUCGAUGAGCUGGCCAGUGGCUGUGUGGAGGACUACAACGACGAUGAAGACGACGAGUACCCGAGCGACUUGGAGCGUGGCGAGCGUCAACCUCUUUCCGGUGCGACGGACCAACCGCCAUCAAGCUCAACUCGUGUGUAUUCCGUCACGGAGCGGCCUCAGACUUUGCUCAGGCGUGUGUCUGCUUCAGCCUCCGCCUUUGCCGCCUGGGCACUCAACUACGACCCAAACGUAAAGUAUUAG